AAAACUUUUCAUUUUUUUUGAUUUUACAUUUUUUUGGAUCCAACUUUUGCAUUUUCUGUUGAUCCAAUUGAUUUGUUAGAUUUGAUUUCUGUGGCUAUUGCUGAUUAUACGAUGACCGAAUCAAGUGUGGGUAAAAAAACUUCUCCCAUGUUCAACACUACUAAUCAAUCGAGAAAUACAAUCGUUCUAAAUGGUCAUAAUAAUUUUAGUUCAUUGCGUAUUGAAGAUCCGAAAAAAGCGACAUCAAGCCUAGAGAAUGAUGUUUACAUGAAAAUAAUGAUGAAUAAUGUGCCGAAAAUAGCACAAUAUUUUAAUGUUGUUGAUAAAAUUGGUGAAGGUACAUUCUCUAAAGUAUAUAAAGCCAAAUUAAAACGUGGUAUCGAAACGGAUGAUAAUAAUAAUAAUAACAACAACAACAACAAUGAUGAUGGUGAAGAAUGCAAAUAUUAUGCACUUAAAUAUAUUAUACCGAUUGUGAAACCGGCUAGAAUAGCAAAAGAAUUACGUUUUCUUCGUGAUUUAGGCGGACAUUCGAAUAUUAUACCAAUAAAGACUUGUUUCUAUAAUUCUGGCCAUACUGUUGUUGUUAUGCCUAUCGUUGAACAUGAUCGAUUUCAAGAUUAUCUAUGCGAUUUAACUAUAACAGAAAUUCGUUCAUAUAUGCGUAAUCUUUUAAUUGCUUUGGAUCGUGUUCAUUCGCAUGGCAUUAUUCAUCGUGAUAUUAAACCAUCAAAUUUUCUAUACAAUCGAUCUACUGGCCAAUUUGCUUUAGUCGAUUUUGGUCUAUCACAAAGUGAACGUGAAUUAUAUCAUACAAUCAAUCUAUCGUUGUAUCCAUAUCCAAAUAAAUCAUCAAUGAAAACAACAAUCACUAAUGAUUCAAAAGUACGAAAAAAUCUUAGUAGUAAAUUUCAGAAAAAUUCAACAAAAAUUGAAGAUGUUCAAUUGAAACGUUCAUUCAAUGAAAUGAAUAAUCAAUCCAAUGUUGAAAAUGAAAAUGCUAAACGUAAAAAAUUAAGUCAUCCACAACAACAACAACAACAAACGUCCAGUAUAUUCAUUUCACCACUAACACCAUCAUUAAUGGUGAUGAAAAAUAAGGAUUCAAAAACAAGUUCAAAUUCAUUAUUUGUGCCUGGAACACCAGUUAAAACGCCAUUUAAUGAACACGAUACAAAUGCAUGUACAACAUUUCAGCCGGAAAUACCCGAUACACCAAUCAAAGAUCAAUACGCGUACAAAACACCAACGAAAACUGGUGAAAUGCGCGUAGAUAAUGUGAAUAAAACGCCGAUUAAGACCGCCGUAUUAUCGAUACCAGAAACACCGCCAAAAACUGUUCAGAAAAAUUUACAAUUUAGCCGUGCUACGCCACCGUCGUUAGUCAAUCCAAAAUAUAAAGAAAACGUUAAUCACUACAAUACACCAAAAACGAUAUCGAAACCGAUGAAUUUUCGAUUUCAAACUAUCAAAAAAUUGUUACAUCCAGAAUUAUCUUCGAUACAAAAUGGCAAUAAUAACACUGUUAAUGGUGUGGACAACAAUUUAACCAUCUCAAAAUUAUCUCAACAUAAUCAUCAACAGCGGCUAUGUGAUUGUACGCAAACAGCAACAAUUUGCCAUGAUUGUCUUUCAAAAAUAGAAUUAAAUGUUCCAAGGGCCGGUACGCCCGGUUUUCGUGCACCAGAAAUUCUUUUACGUUAUCCGAAUCAAAGUACAAAAAUCGACAUAUGGUCUUGUGGUGUAAUAUUUGCCAGUCUUCUUUCUGGGCGUUAUCCAUUUUUUCGCUGUAAUGAUGAUAUUAGUUGUUUAGCUGAAAUUAUAACCUUACUAGGAUCAUCAAAAGUAAAACGUGCAGCUAAUGCAUUGGGAAAAACAUUGACUAUAUCACGACGAUCAAUACCGACAAUGGAUUUAAAGAAAAUCUGCAUCAAAUUGAAAACGACAUCAUUUCCACCAACAGCUGAUGAUAAAUCGACAACCACCACAAAUAAAUGGUAUCAAGCACCAGAUUCUGCAUAUGAUCUAUUGGAACAUUUGUUAGAUCCAAAUCCUCGGACACGUUUCAGUGCUAAUGAAGCAUUAUCACAUCCAUUCAUUAUUGGAACUGAUAAUCUCAGUCUCGAUGAUGUCAAAUCUUGUUGAUGAUAACAAAAGAAAACAAAAAGAUCUCGUCUUUUAUUUAGUUUAGUAUCUUUCCAUUAUUUUUUUCGAUAUUUUAAUUCCCAUUCAUCAUUAAUCCAAUACAGAUGAUAAUCAAUUAAUAACAUACGUCAUUCUAUUCUUUUCUAUAGAAAUAAUGCCAAUUUUUUGAUAAAUUUAAAAUAAAAAAAAA